CGUCCCUUCCGGGCCGAGUGUUUCCGGGUCGCCGCUGGCCCCGGGGUACUGGUGUAGGUUCCCGCAGCCGGCCGGAGCGGCGAGAGCCCAGCCGGCUCGGCCCCGGUGGCGGCCGCGCCCCGCUGCUUCCCUCGGCGGCGCUCAGGGAGAACUCCCUGGUCCGGCCAGCAGCAUGGCAGUGCUUUCAGUGACGCCCCUGCUUCCAGCCCAGCAGCCAUGGCGGAGGUAAGGUAGCCCCCGGAGCAGAUGGGGAAGCCCAGCUCGAUGGAUACGAAGUACAAGGAUGACUUGUUUCGGAAGUACGUGCAGUUCCACGAGAGCAAAGUGGACGCCACCCCCAGCAAGCUGCGGCCUGGCGGCGACGAGCACCUGCGGGCGGCGGCCUCGACCCUGCUCAGCCUGCACAAGGUGGAUCCCUUCUAUCGAUUCCGGCUGAUCCAGUUCUAUGAGGUGGUGGAGAGCUCCCUGCGCUCGCUCGGCGGCUCCAGCCUGCGGGCCUUGCACUGCGCCUUCAGCCUGCUGGAGACCGUGGCCGUCAACCUCUUCCUCUACCCGUGGAAGAAGGAGUUCCGAAGCAUCAAGACCUACACAGGCCCUUUCGUUUACUACGUCAAGUCGACGCUGCUGGAAGAGGACAUCCAAGCCAUCCUGAGCUACCUGGGCUACGUGCCUGAGCUGGGCUCUGCAUACAAGCUCAAGGAGCUCGUGGAGACCCUCCAGGUGAAGAUGGUCUCCUUCGAGCUCUUUCUGGCCAAGGUCGAGUGUGAGCAGAUGCUGGAGAUCCACUCGCAGGUGAAGGAUAAGGGCUACUCUGAGCUGGACGUGGUGAGUGAGCGCAAGAGCAGCACGGAGGACGUGCGCGGCUGUUCGGAUGCGUUGCGGCGGCGGGCUGAGGGUAGGGAGCACCUGACCACGUCCAUGGCCCGUGUGGCACUCCAGAAGUCCGCCAGUGAGCGGGCAGCCAAGGACUACUGCAAGCCUCGUGUGACCAAGCCGUCCAGGUCAGUGGACGCCUACGACAGCUACCGGGAGAGCAGGAAGCCACCCUCAAAGGCCUCGCUGAGCUUGCGGAGGGAGCCCGUGGUGGCAGACCUGGGCGACGGCUUGGAGGACGAGAUCAUCCGCCCGUCCCCCUCACUCCUGACCAUGUCCAGCUCCCCCCAUGGCAGCCCAGACGACCUUCCACCCACCUCCCCCAACAAUGGCCUUGGCCUGCUGCGCAGCACGUACUUCUCCGCGCAGGAUGACGUGGAUCUGUACACGGACUCAGAACCCAGGGCCACGUACCGCAGGCAGGAUGCUCUGCGCCCGGAUGUGUGGCUGGUCAGGAACGAUGCCCACCCCAUCUACCACAAGCGCCCACCCCCCGCCAAAGAGUCUGCCCUCUCCAAGUGCCAAAACUGCGGCCUGUCCUGCAGCUCCUCCCUCUGCCAGCGCUGUGACAGCCUGCUUGUCUGUCCUUCGGCCCCCAAGUCCAGCGCCUUCCCCAGCAAGGCCUCUGCCCACGACAGCCUGGCCCACGGGGCACCUCUGCGGGAGAAGUACGCAGGCCAGACUCAGGGCCUUGACCGGCUGCCACCCCUCCACUCGAAGCCCAAGCCCUCCAUCACGGCCACCUCCCGCUGUGGCUUCUGCAACCGCCCGGGUGCCACCAACACCUGCACCCAGUGUUCAAAAGUCUCCUGUGAGGCCUGCCUCAGCGCCUACCAUUACGACCCCUGCUGCAAAAAGAACGAGCUGCACAAGUUCAUGCCCAACAGCCAGCUGAGCUACAGGUCCUCGCAGCUCUCCCACCUCGUGCACAGGUAGGCUGUGCUGCUCCCCGCUACAAGGGCUACACCACUCACCUUCGGCUGCCUGGCGAGGAAGAAUGGCCGCCGAUCAGGAGCAGAGCUGCGCUUGGCCCCGUGGGUCGUGGGAUCGGCCAGCCGCCCCCACCCGAGAGCUUACUUGGGACUCGUUCCAGCCGAUGGCUGCUUGCAUCUGCGAGGGAGAGGGUGGCGCUCCGUUCAGAUUCACUGCUGCUGAUCACUCCCUGUUUGGUUGGGUUCUGUUUUCAUUUUUCCUUUCAAGAGGGUCCUGUUCUGGGACUGCCCCUCCCACUGCGAAGCCAACUGGGACUGGGAAAGGCCCUUUGGGUCGCCUCCAAGCGUCCACUGCAGCAGCGAGCUAGAGGCCUGUUGGCUUGUGAAAUGAGCCCUCCUGCCACACUGGGCCUCUCCUGACGGCUCACCCCUUCGGCCAUCCUGUGCCCCAGUACAAGGAUCCCCAGCCAGACCCCUGCUGCCUGGCUUCCCUGCCUCUGCAGGGGUCCAGGGUGGACCAGGUCCAGUAUUAGCAGAUCGCCCUUUUGUUGCCACCGCAGCUCAGUCCGCCCGUGGUGUUUGUGAACUUCACCCCACACGUUGAAGUGCGUGCUUCCCACGGCGGGACUGGCUUCGCCCCUUUCUGUUGUUUGCACACAUCCCUCUUACUGUACUGUAAAUAGAUAUUUUUGAGAUUUAUUUUUAAAUAAAUAUUCAACUUGC